UGCAGUGGGCAAACAGGAAGACGUUUAUGAGUUUUCCCGACCGUACCUAAAGGCAGCAAAAGUUCGAAAAGUAUGGCGGCGGAGUGUUUGACAACAGUAACAGAGCAAUGGAUACGAGACAGAUUACAAUUAAAACACCCCUAUCUCGGUGAUGUCCGCUCGCUGAGCCUCCCGGGGACCUACGAGGAGAAGAUCAGACAUCUGGGAAACGCACUGAUUAACUUUGUCCGUCUGAAGUCUCUGGACCUCUCCUGCAAUGCGUUAGUCUCGGUGGAGGGCGUUCAACACUUGAAGGUGUUGGAGAGGCUGAUCCUGUACUAUAACCGCAUACCUUCCCUUGAAGAGGUGAAGGUGCUGUAUGAGCUGCCGGCUUUGAGAGAGCUGGACCUCAGGCUCAACCCCUUGACCAAAACUCACCCACACUAUCGCCCUCAUCUGGUGCAUGCCAUGCCCAGCCUGCGCAAACUAGAUAGCUGUCCAGUCAGAGACACUGAGCGGAAAGCUGCCAUAAUGCAGUUCUCCUCUGACCUUCUACCUCAGCAGAAGAGCUCGUCUUUGAAUCAGGCUCCUGGCCAAAGAAGCAGUGAUCAGAGACUGGCUUUAGUUAAUCGCUUAACCAAGAGGCUCUCUCUCCUGACCGACACCGAUGAUAUUGUGUUGAAUUUUGUUGGGACAAAUCAUGGGGACCAAAGAAAAACUCAGCCCAUCCCUGACUCAGUUCACAAGGAAGCAGAAGAGGACCAAUCAAAAGAUUUUACCGAACAGAGGAGUUCUACUCCAAAACAGGAAACUGCUAAAUCCAUCCUCAGGUAUCCCCCCUCAAAAUAUGAUAACACCAAGUCCAAAGUGCCACACACGAAAGAGCCAUCUGAUAAAAGAAACUCUACCUCAUUAAAAGUGACUGAAAGACCAAAGGUAUCCUUUGGCCCCUAUGUAGAGAAACAAAGACCUGUACCUGGAAAACAAAAGCAAAAGGAUCUCCCCAAACAAACCAGACAUGUAGCCAAGGGACAUUAUACCCCCAAUCCUGAUCAAAGUUGUCGGCAUAGCUCUUCAUUUAUUAAUAUCCGACCUCCCAGUCCAUGCUGUCCUGGUUUCAAUCUGUCUGACCCCUCCAACCCUAUCUUACAUCCUCCAAGACUGACUUACUCUAGCUUCAACAAGACAGAAGGGGGCUCCAGCCUGCCGGAGACAAUGGAAAAGACAAAAAGGGGUACUUAUAGGAAACCCCUGGAGAUGCUCCUCAACCUUGUGGACAAACAUUGGAUGGGAGAGAGAUCGCUCCAUCAUAACAACAACUUCCUGUCUCAGGCAGUCCAGAUCCUUUCUAUGAUGGAAAACGAUAUUUCCAGUCGGGAGGCUGAGGUCAGGACCUUAAGACGGGAAGCUGACGCGCUGAACUUUCAAGCGGCCGCACAAGACGAAGAGCACAAAACUGAAGUCCGUAACCUCUCUGCUCAGCUGGAGGCAGCACGCAGUGCAGUCGGCAAACUAAAUGAGCAGUUGAGGAUUGUCUUGGAGGAAAAUGUCUCUCUACAGAAACAGCUCAUCAAGUUAGAACGACAGUAUCUCAAGUCUAUGAUGAAAAGUUCGCCUAUUACUCAGAUUAAAGAGGCUCAGACAGAGGUGGAGGAGCUGAAGAAAGAGAUCGAGGGGUUGAGGGAGAAAGUGCAGGAGGCUGAGAAAGUCAAGGAAUUGUCAAAUAUGCUGCAAGAAAGCCACAGGUCCCUGGUGGCUACCAACGAGUGUUUGCUAGCCGAGCUGAAGGGAAGUGGGGAACUUUAAAGGAGAAUUUGAAUGAAGAGAAGCACACUGGGAUUAAAAUAUCCAAGCAAGACUAUGCUGAGCGUCAUAUUAGUGCUACAUUCGCUGCACAAAGCCAAGCUACAGAUGGUUUUUAAAUUCUUUUUACUUACUUACUUCAUAUAUUGUUUUGUGUGUAUUAAGUUCCCACCCUUUGUGUGUUUAUAGUAUAUUGUUUUAUUAUUUUCCAAAAAUAUGUAUAGGCUGUGUUUGCUUGAUGUAAACAGUAACGGGGAGAGGCAAUUCAUUGAAGAAAGUUUGUGUAUGAGCGUGUGAUAGGGCUGUUAUGUUUAUGAUGAUUAUUAGUGGAAAAAUGUUAGCGAGAAGGUCAUAAUGUAUUUCCUGGAUCAGUGGCAAGAUUUUGUCUCUCUUAGCUUUUUUUUUUUUUUAGGUCACUUGUGUCUCCAUCUGCUUUGUACACUGCAGUGGAAUGAAUGCAUCUAGAUUCCAGAUGCACUGUGACUUUAUUUAUACCUCUGCCUGAGGACUGGAGAGCUACACACACAC